AUGUGGCAUAAGAGAUUAGGACAUUCUUCAAAAAUUGUCAUUCAAAAUCUUGCAAAUGAUGCAACUGGUGUUCAAAUCACUCAUCAAGAAGAUGCUGCGGACGAGCUUACCACUGAGCUUUGCAAACCCUGCCAUCUAUCUAAUGUGGAAAAUCAAAUAUCUAGAUGUCCCCACGUUAGAUCUCAAAUACCAUUUGAACGCCUACAUGCGGAUAUCACACAUGGCCCUACGCAGUGCUAUAAUAAUGAGCAUAAACAUCAUAAUGUUUUGAUCCUUCCUACACCAGAUCCAACGCCAGAGCCAACAGGUCCCGAUGUUGAUAUUAAUACUCAUCCAGCUGCAAUAGAUGAUUGUACAUGGAACAUUGCAUCUAGAGCUCACAAUAUCAGUGCUAACUUUGAUGAAGAUAAUAUCAUUGAAGGCUGCAGAACCCGAAAUCACAGAGCUGCUCAUCUUAUGGCAGUUGCAAAUGCUAAAGUCAAUUCUUUUCAAAUGAUCAAUGAAGCAUUCUCUCAUUCUCAUUCACACUCAGACUUCUACAAGUCUCAAAAUUUAUUUCCUAAUACUGUUUUUACUGUUAUCAACAAUACAUCUACCUCAACAGCAUCAAUUCCUUCAAGGAUCCAUAGAUCUCAACUGUCAGAUCCACCGAAUCACUGGGCAGAUGUUGAAAAACACCCACAUCGCGAAGAAUCCGAGAACGCUAGGCUUCACCUCUAUGUCAGAGGAUUGCUGCCUCUUCUCAAAUGA